UUAAAAAAGUAAUAUCUAUAUCCGAUCUUCUAAGUUUCGUCGUUGACUGCUUCUUGAUUCAAUUUGUAACAAGCGUUGAUAAUGAAGGUGACGUUGAAGAGUUCGUUGAUGACAUGGUCAGGUUCUGACUUCGUCUUGUCUAAGCUGGAGACAGUGCGUAAAGAAGCGCUGCAUGGCUAUAACAAAGUUACGGUCCUGCCGUCGGAAGAACUCGACGAUGCGUACAAAGAGGUCGGCAUCCUCAAUGGCUACCGAGUUAAUUACUCUUUCUCACAGGUCAUCAUUUCCUUGUUCAAAGUCAACAAUGAGACUGUUAACUUCUGGACGCAUAUCGUGCCUGCUGUUUACUUUGCGUGGAAACUUGCUUUCUUGUACUCGAGUCAGCCUCUGCUGAGUGAUCCGUACUGGAUUCCUCUAUCUUGUUAUUUGUUCUCAUGCAUGGCUUACCCUCUGGCUAGUGCUCUCGCGCACGCAUUCUCUUGCAUGUCUCCUUUUUCGUCGCACUUGUGUUUUUUCUUGGACUAUUCUACGUUAUCUUUCUACUCGUGGGGGGCCGCCGUGUUUUACUACUCAUACUGUUUUCCUGAAAGUGCCUUGCAUACAUAUUACUCGUACUCCUACCUGCCAAUUUCUGCUCUGAACUCGGUGCUGUCCACGUUCUUGGCGUGCAGCUCACGCCUGAAGAAACAAUCACGGUUCGCCACCACAUUCCGCCUGGGAUCUUUUGUGGUUCCUUACAUUUGGGUGUCGUCUCCUCUAGUAUACCGACUGCUCACUUGCGAUCCCAUCACCGACUCGUGUGCUGAAAGUUCUUACUUUCAUGUCUCGCAAUUCGUUUUGGUCUUAGCCGCGUCUUUCUUCUAUGCCACGCACAUCCCCGAACGCUUCUUGCCUGGCUACUUCGACUUCAUCGGACACUCCCACAACCUCUUGCACGUGUUCGGUAUCAGCGCAACGUACCAGCAGAUGUGUGGAGGCCUUAUCGACCUCUCCUUCAGGAAGACUCGACUCCUGGGCAUGGGGUGGACUGUGGAUCCCUUGUGGACGUGGCUCGCCACGCCCCUUGUGAUAGUAUCCACCCUCGUCAUCAUCUUCUGUAGUACUAGAAUCAUGGACGAUGUUAGGCCAUUCACAUGCCAUAGUAAUCAAGCUCUAAGGCCUAGCCUGAGCCAUACAAAUUCCGCAAAGAAAUGUCAUUAGUUUGUUUUUACUCUAGUCUGAUUUUAAUUACCUCCCUUGCAAUUCACACUUCGAUUUUGCAUGAAUUGAAUUUUCACUUCGAUUUUUUCUAUACUUUCAACUUCUAUUGAAGUAGGUUCGAAAUUUCUCAGAGAUUUUGAGUCAAUAUUUCAGUGUGAAUCUGAGCGUCCUGCUGCAUGAAUAUUUCUACCUGAUAUUCUUCAUGUUGCAGCUCUGAUCUCGUUGGAAAUCUUCAUAAUUUGAAUUAUUUAUUUAUACCAAAUUAACUUGAAAUGCGUUCACCUCAAAAUCCUGUCAUAGUGACGUUGGUUUUUACACUAAUUGCGUCACAGUUUGGAAUGAAGGCUCUAUGUUCAUCGUUGUAUGAUGGGCAAUCAAGUGUUUGAUAAGAAUUUGGGAGAGGAAUGAAAUUCGCAGAAAUGAAAAAUAAUGGUCGGAAUUUUCUUCAAGGCUGAUUUUAUUCCGAGUUUCAUAAAAACAUUUAUGGAUUCGUAACGAUUCGAGUCCUGGCAAACAUGUCAUGCCAUAAAAAGUAGUGGAACCCCAAAAGUUGGUCCCCACAAAAAUUGAAAAUUGGUCCCCAAAAGUUGUGGAGACCGCAAGUUGACGUUGUUGUGGAGGUCCCCGAUGCAAUGUUUUCAAUCCCGCCAGACAUCUGACGUUGUAGCAACGUUAAAUUAAAUGUUAUUCAAUUAAAUCAAUGUUAAUUGAACGUUGCUUCAACGUCAUUUGCGAGGUGGAAAGUUCUGUUUCUUGCACUUACGACGAAAGAAGCCUCGAAUAGGAAUUCUUCAGAACUGCUAUGUUGACUGUAGGGUGACUCGCCGAACUCUAAUUGUUGAGCACCUCGUUCUUGGUCGCGUAUUUAGACCAGUUGAGUGCUUUUUUGAUGCUAUCCUUCUCCUGUCAAGUCUUGCUUCACGUUCUCUCCUGUCAAGUCUUCACGUUCUCUCCUGUCAAGUCUUGCUUCACGUUCACUUCUGUCAAGUCUUGCUAUACGUUCUCAUCUGUCAAGUCUUGCUUCACGUUCUCUCUUGACAAGUCUUGUUUCACUUUUUCUCCUGUCAAAUCUUCACGUUUUCUCCUGUCAAGUCUGUCUCCACGUUCAAUCGUGUCAUGUAUUGCUUCUCGUUCUCUCCUGUCAAGUCUUUCUUCUCGUACUGUUUCGUCAAGUCUUCACGUUCUCUCCUGUCAAGUCUUGCUUCACGUUAUCUCCUGUCAAGUCUUGCUUCACGUUCUCUCCUGUCAAGUCUUGCUUCACGUUCUCUCCUGUCAAGUCUUGCUUCACGUUCUCUCCUGUCAAGUCUUG